AGAUAAUAAGUUGGUAGAGCAGCACACAUAUUUCGCCAUUUGUUUCUCCCAUUUCCCUGAUACUGAGUGACCUUUUACUCAUUCUAGCCUAUCACCUCAACAACAACACGCCGCCUUCGCCGCCGCCGCUUGCCGCCAGCACCUCCGUUGACUUUCAAAAAUCUCCACCAUGCAAGCUUCCUUGAUUGCCCCAACUCCCCGCCCCACCAGCAUUCUCCCAUCCACAACGUUCCGACCACUCAUCCCAACUACCCAUAAACCCUACACGUUCUCACCCCGAGCCUCCGCCGCCUCCUCAUCCACAACCGAAACAGUCCCACCACCACCACAAUCUGUAUCCUCCGUCGACCCAUCAUCAAAACUCAACAAGUUCAGCUCCAGAAUCACCGAACCCAAGUCACAGGGUGGCUCUCAGGCCGUCCUUUACGGCGUGGGUCUCUCCGAUGACGACCUUAAAAAACCCCAAAUUGGUAUUUCAUCUGUUUGGUACGAAGGGAAUACCUGUAACAUGCACUUACUGAAGCUAGCUGAGGCUGUGAAAGAAGGGGUUCAAGAUGCUGGAAUGAUUGGAUUCAGGUUCAACACUAUUGGGGUUAGUGAUGCCAUUUCAAUGGGGACUAGAGGAAUGUGUUAUAGUCUUCAAUCCAGGGAUUUAAUUGCUGAUAGCAUUGAAACUGUUAUGUCUGCCCAAUGGUAUGAUGCCAAUAUCUCCAUCCCUGGUUGUGACAAAAAUAUGCCAGGUACCAUUAUGGCAAUGGGUCGCUUGAAUCGGCCAAGUAUAAUGAUCUAUGGUGGCACCAUUAAGCCUGGUCAUUUUCAAGGCCACACAUACGAUAUAGUGUCCGCAUUUCAGGUUUAUGGAGAAUAUGUAAGUGGUUCCAUAACUGAUGAACACAGAACAGAUGUACUUCGUGCUUCUUGCCCAGGGGCAGGGGCAUGUGGAGGAAUGUACACUGCUAACACCAUGGCUUCUGCCAUUGAGGCAAUGGGAAUGUCUCUUCCUUACAGCUCGUCAACACCUGCUGAAGAUCCUUUGAAGUUGGAUGAGUGCCAUCAAUGCGUAAAUGCAAUGGUUACUGUGAUGGCUCUUGGUGGAUCCACUAAUGCUGUAUUACACUUGAUUGCCAUAGCAAGAUCAGUUGGCUUGAGCUUGACUCUUGAUGAUUUUCAGAAGGUUAGUGAUCAAGUUCCAUUUCUUGCGGAUCUUAAACCAAGUGGAAAAUACGUUAUGGAAGAUGUACAUAAGAUUGGAGGAACACCUGCAAUCCUUCGUUACCUUUUGGAGCUCGGGUAUCUAGAUGGAGAUUGUAUUACAGUCACGGGGAAGACAUUGGCAGAAAAUGCAAAACUUUUCCCUUCUUUAUCCGAAGGGCAGCAAAUUAUAAAAACACCAGAAAACCCAAUAAAGAAAACGGGUCACCUUCAAAUAUUAUAUGGAAAUCUUGCACCUGAAGGUUCAGUAGCAAAGAUCACAGGAAAAGAAGGGUUAUAUUUCUCUGGUCCUGCAUAUGUCUUUGAGGGGGAGGAAGCCAUGAUUGCAGCUAUCUCUGAAGACCCCAUGAGUUUUAAGGGGAAAGUGGUUGUUAUUAGAGGAGAAGGUCCUAAAGGGGGCCCUGGUAUGCCUGAAAUGCUGACACCAACAAGUGCAAUAAUGGGUGCAGGUCUUGGGAAGGAAUGUGCAUUAUUAACUGAUGGAAGAUUUUCAGGUGGUUCACACGGAUAUGUUGUUGGACACAUUUGCCCUGAAGCACAGGAAGGUGGUCCAAUUGGUCUAGUGAAAAAUGGGGAUGUAAUUACUAUAGACAUCAGCAAGAGGAGAAUGGAUGUUGACUUAACUGAAAAAGAGCUGGAUGAGAGAAGAAAGGCAUGGAAAGCUCCUGCAUAUAAGGCUGAAAGAGGUGUCCUUUACAAGUAUAUAAGGAAUGUUCAAUCAGCCUCGAAAGGAUGUGUAACAGAUGAGUCAUAGAGGUUAGGGAAAGAAGAUCUAGAGAAUUUUUCCAACUCCGGCUUAUUAUUUAUCUUUGUGUUUACUUUUGGUUGUUUUGAGAUUUGAAACUAGAGGAUCCAGAUAUUGUGCAAUGCUCCAUAGUUGUAUGUAUUAUGUUCAUUUCUAAUUCUAAACUGCCAUAAAUUGGAAAAGAAAGUCGUCAGAU